GCAGGCUCUGACGUCAGCUCGCCCGCUGGACGCACACACUAUAGUGCAGCAGCAGCAGCAGCAGCAGCAAGACACACACAUAGGCUACUGACUGGGUGCUGACUAUUAAUAUUCCCCCUAACUAUCCACUGUCUGUAUGUAUUGUGUGCAAAACGCGGGGCGGACCCGGAGGAUAAGCACACAGCGAGAUCCCGCGACAGACGCUGCUGCACUUUCCCAAAUUGAAAUCCCCGUCAGGAGAGAGAGAGACAUAGAGAGAGAACAGAGAGAGAGAGAGAGAGAGAGAGAGGGAGGGAAAGAGAGGGGGGGACUGCAGAACAUGCAGGGUCUGGAUGAAUAACCAUGGCAACAGCAGCAGCAGCAGGAGAAGCGGUGAUAUAAACAUUGCAAACCGCGCAUCCAUCCGCAAACAGCGAUUUACUGAGUAAAGGCUGGACCCGAGCCCCUCUGUGGAUACCAGACUUUCAUCACUGCUAAGGUGAUGAGUGGGAUUAUAUCAUGUCUGAAGUACAGGGAACACUGGAGUUUUCUGUAGAGUUGCACAAGUUUCACAAUGUGGAUCUCUUUCAGAGAGGUUUCUACCAGGUGCGUGCAGGGCUGAAGGUCUCACCUCGAGUGCCCCACAGGUUGAUAGCGACAACACAAGACAAUGCAGGCGAGUGCAGCUUCAGCUCCGCGGGGAUCUACGACGGCACCGUGUUCAGCCGGAUAUUUCAGAUCCUUUACAGAAAUGAGGAGAUUGUGGUGAACGACUGUAUGAUCUUCAAAGUCCACCUGCUAUUGGACGGAGAAAGGGUGGAGGAAGCCUUGAGUGAGGUGGACUUUCAGUUGAAGCUGGAUCUUCAUUUCACUGACAAUGAGCAACAGCUGGCAGAGAUCAUGACUGUCCCGCUGAUCAGCAGUCGUACCCUCAGCCUCCAUUUCAACCCGCGGAGAGGCCUCCACCACCACGUCCCUGUCAUGUUCGACUACUUCCACCUGUCCGUCAUUUCCGUCUCCAUACAUGCCUCACUGGUUGCCUUACAUCAGCCGCUAAUCAGCUUUGCACGUACAGGGAAGGGCUCCUGGCUGGGUAAGGGCUCGCCAGAGAGCGCGAGCGACCCAUCUGCCAUGUCUGUAGAGAACCUCGUGUUCGGAGCUGGCUACUGCAAGCCUGUCAUCUCUGAGGGGAGCUUUUAUGUGCCCAGUGAAAACUGCCUGCAGAGAGCUCACACGUGGCACCGAAGGCUCUGUCGCCUCCUCUUGGUGGCACACCGAGGCCUGCACACCUACUACACCGCACUGAUGAAGGAAAUCCCACAGCUGCAGCAGACGCCACUAGACUCGGAGGUGCUGCCUGUAGAAGAGACUCUAAAUCAGCUCACAAUAGAGUUACAGCUGCAGGAGGGCCAUGAGAAGGUAGCAGAGCAGAUCAGCAGGGACGUGAGCCAGCUCUGCUCCCAGCUGGCUGCUCUGUGGAGCCGCUUCCUGGAGGCCGCUGUGCUCAACCCCCACAUCCUCUCCUAUCUGGCCCAGGAGCACCACACGCUCAGGGUCAGGAGGUUCUCUGAGGCGUACUUCUUCACCGAACACCCCAAAGAGAUAUCUCUGACUUUUCAAGAGGAGCUAAUCAACAGACACGGCCAGAUAGCUGCAGAAGUGCGGAGCUCAGAUUACCUGACCAAGAUGCCUCCUUUACCGGUUGAGUGCCUGGACAUCGAUGGAGACUGGAACAGCCUGCCCAUCAUCUUCGAGGACAGAUACGUCGAGUCUCCUCAAACAGAGUGGGUAUCACAUGUGCCAACGCCUGCAACGUCUGAAGAACGGACCAACCCAGAUCCCACCAUCACUCCUUCAAACAGGAUUCUUGAAAGCAGCCAAGGAGCCAGUUCACCAGCAAUACCCAUGGAUCCCUUGGACAGUGAUGACUGCAUAGACAUGCCCACAUAUGUCUCCAUUAUAGCAGAGCAGAGAAAGACCCGCAUCAGAAGUAUCCAGAGCCCCGUUCCUCCUGAGGACGGAGCUGAACUCUCUCAAGCAGAGGUGGAAGACUUGAAGGAACCAGCGGAAAAACAAAACCCGGUUGGGGAGGACUGUAGUUCAGAGUUGAGGUAUAUCACAGAUAGGCCUUGUGACACCAAUCCCCUCAUUGACUCUGCUAACAGCAGUGAAGAGUCCCCUGCUCACCAUGUAACCGAGAACACCAUCCGACCUUGUGAUGCCACAAACGAGAGAGAGAACGCGAGAGAGGUUGAAAACAACGAGGAAGAGUCUGACAUUGCGAUGCCAUUAAAUCACUCCAUGGAUGAUGAGAGUGAGGACAUUCCUCUCAUCAGCCUACCCACGGCCCAUGCUCAUCCAGUUAUAUCUCCCAUUCCUGGUGACCUCAGGAAAGAGAUGACUCACCGUGGAGGCCUGAUUGGCUCCAAAAUCAUGAAGCGCUCGUCCUCUGUUAUUUCCGACUCGGGUAUCGAGAGUGAGCCCAGCUCGGUAGCGUGGCCCGUGGAGGCGGCACUGCGUGGUCGACCUCUUCUGGAGUUCCCACAGCAAACGGUGUGUCGCCACCCGGUCCACCGCAGCUCUCUGGAAGGCCUGCAGAUGGAGAGUAACGGCAGCCUUCCAAGUGGAGGCAUACAGGCCUCACUUACCUCUAUCAGCUCCCUGCCCUACGAGGAGGACCAGCACCAGAGGCAGCUCAGCAAACUGACCAAGUCGGUCUCAGCGCCACAGAUAAGUAGCCCAGAAGACACCGAGGAGGACCAUGUGCUGCUCAACCAGGAAGCAGAUACUAAGAGCCUAGUGCGACACCAGGAUUCAUGUAAGAUCAACUGCUCUUCUUUGAUCAGCAACGUGGAUUCAGAGCAAUCUGAGUCGUCUCUACUAGACACAAGUUCUAUUACAAAUCUUGGCCAUAAUCUCAAGGAGAGUGUUAUCUCCGAAAAGUCAAAUCCUCCACAGUACCUGUCGGAGACAUACAGACCCAAGACAGUGUCUGAAGUGUUACUUCUACAAGAGUCUGUAGAAAGCCCUCAUGUGGAGGAAAGCACUGUUAUUGGCAGCUGUGGGGAGAAUAUUAACCAUCAAGCACACAUCAGUGAAGUGAGCGCCUCAGUGGAGGAUGUGCAUCUCAUUGAAUCGGAAGCAGCGCCCUGCAGCUGUGGAAAUAAACCAUGUGCGCAUGAAAGUGCAGCAGAUGAGGAGAGAAUUAACACUGGAGAUGAGUGCCACCAUUUCCAUCAGACUGAACUGCAUGGUGUUAAGGAGCAGGAGGGUCUGGAUCCCUCCCAAACACCACUAGAGCCUUCAGGGCUUCAAUACUCCAAUGACCUUCCCAACAAUACCACCAGCACCACCAGCACCACACAGAGGCCAAAUGACCUUACAGGGCUGACAGCCAGUGAUAUAUCAUCCUUUGACCUCAAUGGGAUAUCAUCCGGUGAGAAAGAGCCGUUAGACUGCCAGACUAAGUCCUCUAAGAUCCCCAACUCGGGGCUGGCCUUUGUGAAUAAGAAGAUGGUGGAGGUGGUGAACAUGUCGGUGUCCUGCGCCCCAACCUGUCUGCCGUUUUCUUCUGUUCUGAGAGACUCUCCGUCCAUUAGUGGCAUGUCCACGCGCCAGGCAACCUCACCUAUCACCCAUCAGCCCCUGGGCUCCUUUGGUAUCAUCUCCUCAUCUUCACUAAACCCCCUUAACAUGGAUGACGAGACCAAUGAACGAAUGCUAAAUUUCUAUAAAGCCAAAGAGGAGCUGUUCAAAGAGUUGAGCUUUCAGGCCAGCUUGUACAGCGACCUUCCUCUCCUGGCAUCAGAUCUGCCCUACUUCCCCCCCGAGGAGGACGAUGAGGAGUUUGACGACGGCAUACACCUCGUGGUGUGUGUCCACGGGCUUGACGGAAACAGCGCAGACCUUCGGCUGGUGAAGACUUUUAUUGAGUUAGGCCUGCCAGGAUCCAGGCUUGACUUCCUCAUGUCUGAGAGGAACCAGACUGACACGUUUGCAGAUUUCGACACCAUGACGGACAGGUUGCUGGAUGAGAUCAUUCAGCAUAUCCAGCUGUACAAUCUAACCAUAGGCAGGAUAAGCUUCAUCGGCCACUCUCUGGGGAACAUCAUCAUCCGCUCGGUGCUGACGAGGCCUCGCUUCCGCUGCUAUUUGCCCAAACUUCACACUUUCCUCUCGCUGUCAGGCCCACACUUGGGAACGCUCUAUAACAACAGCACAUUGGUCAGCACAGGUCUGUGGUUGAUGCAGAAGCUGAAGAAGUCAGGAUCCUUGCUGCAGCUCACCUUCAGAGAUCACGUUGAUCCACGGAAAACAUUCCUCUAUCUCCUGAGUCAGAAACCAGGGCUCCAGUUCUUCAAGAACGUGGUGCUGGUGGCGUCUCCCCAGGACCGUUAUGUUCCUUUCCACUCUGCUAGAAUAGAGAUGUGCAAAACCGCCCUCAAAGACAGAACCACAGGGCCCGUGUACACGGAGAUGAUCAACAACCUCCUGCAGCCACUUGUGGAGGCUAAAGAAUGCCGGCUGAUCCGCCAGAAUGUUUUCCAUGCUCUGCCCAACACCGCCAACACCCUGAUUGGCCGCGCCGCCCACAUCGCCGUCUUGGACUCUGAGCUUUUCCUGGAGAAGUUCUUCUUAGUGGCAGGGCUCAACUACUUCAAAUGAAGGUGCUCGCACUGCGGACUCACAGGACAGAACCUUUUGGCGGCUGACAGAGCUGAUUUGGAGGAAAAGGUCCUUACUUUCACCUUGUACAGUAUAAUGUAUAUAAUCCCUGGUAUCCGAGAGGCGAGACCUGUAUAUCUCAUUGGUUAGGAUUGUUAGCAGAUGUUAAAAAAAAAAAAAAAAGAUCAGUGUAUUGUGACUGUUUAAAAUGCUGACUCAGAAGUCUGAGUUUGACGUGUAGCCAUGCAAAACAAAACAUCUGACAUCUAUCACAGGACUGAUUGUAGAUGUUUUGUCGGCCUUAUGAAUAACCUCUCAGCCAGAAAACUAACAGAUGGUAAUUGUGGUCUAAAGCAUUUAACUACUUUCCCUUUAGAGUUGGUUUAGAGCCUUUAGAAUCACUGAUUGAAUUCCUCUUUAAGGGUUACACUGAUGAUAGUCUUACAACUAUCCUAAGUACCAAGGCAACAGAUGCGCAGCAUUUAUCCCCUUGAUUGUACAUGAAGUAUUUUGUUGUACAAAAACAUAGAUGUUCCUUUAUACAGAAAUGAGUAUAUUGUUUAAAAUGAUUUAUUUUUUAUCUGCUUAUGUAUCCACAGUGUAAGUACUCCAUCUAAAUGUGAUUUUUUUUUUGUUUGUGUGUGUGUUAUCAUCAAACCUAUCAAAUGAAGUGUUAUGUUAUGUAGCCUGUAAUUCAGUACAGUGGAUAUUUAAAGCGUCAACUUUUUUAUACAUUUACUUUAUCAAUUUAUUUAUGUUUAAUUGCACAUCAGUAACUCACUGACCCUGGUUAGCUAAGCAUUAGGCUACAGCACAAUGAGCAUUUCUGUAUCAUUGAUACCAAAUGACUACCUGCUAUGUUAGCCCUCACUUUUAAAUUGAUUGUUUGCACUGACUGAUUGAACAGGUUGAUUGACUGAAUUUAUGAAGCGAUUUUUCCCCAACCCCGCCCUCCUUAAUUGCCGUUGCUACACCCAGUUUACAGUAGCUUAGUUUCAGCACAAAUUUUUAAAUCAAAUUACAGGAAAUUGAAAAAAGAAAAUGCAAAUUAAUGCAGAUUUUCCUCCGCUACUGUUGCCAGUGUUAGAGAUGGUCGCAUUGAGAUUUCAGUUGGUGGCGCUCGUUCUCCAGUUGGCAUUAAAACAUUGUAGAAGAUGAGCUGACGAUUUAAUGAGCAUGAGCAACCUCAAACAAACAAAAAAGAUGUGAGAACUUGCUAAUUAGCCUAGGAUAUUAGUAGCUAAUUAAGCUAAAGUUAGCUACAGGAGUUGGUUGAAAAUGCUGUCUCAGACUGGUCAGACUGCUAAUUUGUUCUGACAUAGCUCGGUUUCCGCUGCUUAGCUAUAAACUUGAAAAUAUACUAUUUUCAACGUUUAAACUUAAACGUUACAAAAGAAAAGCUUUUAGAAUGAGAGCUAACUGAUGUUUUUGGAAAAUGCAACGCCAUCUCGGACAACUGAAGUCCGAACUUUUCCCAAAUUUAAUCAAGAGCAGUACAGAGCUGUUUAAGUUAGCCAAAACUCUGAUAGCAUCCAGAACUGGCUUCACACAAAAGAGAAAUACUACACAGUGGAUUUACCUGGUUGUUAAUGGGAAUUUUUAUCAUUAACCCAUAAAGUAAUGUAACUUAGUAAGUUAAUGACAUGUUUCUUGCCCUUGGACGUAAUGCUCGGUUGCUACUUUGGGUAGUAAGCUAGCAAGGUAGCUAGCAUUUGUAUAGGUAGCCAUGCUAGCAAUCUCAGCCAGAACAGGUGAACAUACAGUUUAAUUAAUUCCUUACAUAGGGGGAGGGGUUUAGCGAAUGGUCACUACUUUUGUUAAACUAUCUAACAGUAUUGAAGUAAAUCUACAGCAUGACAACAGGGAGGAAAAAACCCAGUUACAAUACAUGAAUUACUCCCGUUUUGGUCCUUGAAUCAUGUGACAGGGAAGGGGUAAAAAGGUUUACUCAAGGAAUCAACAGCAGAAUAUACUUUACAUAUAAUGUGAAAAAGAAACACAUUAUCCAUGACUAUAUAGUUCAAUCUUAUGGUCUAAUGAGCAUCACUUUCUUAAUCAACCGUUUUAAAUUGUAGAUUAAAAUCCUCCACACAAAGACAGAAACGUAUUAUUUUUUAAAUGGCGUGAAUCCGGGUGUCAUUGCUUUUGUUUUCUGGAAAACUGGAUUAUUUUGCGUAAUACGGACGCACUGCCAGGACUCUCUCUCACACACUGUCAUUUUCUGUAAACUUAAGUUCAAUAUGAUGCAUGAUGAUCGCAGGGAAGCACCAUCGUAGCAGACUCUGUCUCAUGUUGUUUAAUAUACUGUAAGAUGAUAGCCAUUUUUUUGUUUUUGAUCAUUUCAUCAGCUAAAUCAGAACUCUGAUGUGGAAAUGUAUUUUUAUUUUUUUCCUCCACAACCUUUGCUGUCACAUUCAAGCGUGACAGGAGAGGUAUAGUUUUCCAGCAUGUCGGUGAGGACUGUUUUCCUCAUCACUGUGCUGUCCAUCAAAUGAUGUUUACAUUCUGGCAUCAGAGAACUGUUAUCAUAAAUGUCAUAUCCAGCAGUGGCUGUGCAUCUGCUGCGUGUGUAGUUAAGUACACCUAGAGAGCUAUACUUAACCUUUGCACUGGUUUGAUGGCAAGUGCACUUUAUUGACAACCUUGAAUCAACCUCCACUAGCUUUACAAUAUCCAAACAGCUAUUUCUUCCUGUUUUUGUUUGUUUGUUGUUGUUGUUGUUGUUUUGUUUAUACAUGCACUGCUUAUUUACAUUUGAAUGCCGCAUCUCGUACUUGUAAAAAAACAAACAAAAAAAACUGAUGUCGGCUGUCCGUCUCAGCCAUUCAAGCAUUGUAUUGUCUUCAAAGUGCGCUGUCUAUCUAGGAGAACAACGGUUGACAUCGCAAAGUGCUCUUCUCUGUGUGGAAGCUGUUGCUGUGGCGCUGCACGGUAAGCAGGGUGUCACUGUGAUUGACUCUAAUCAAAUGAGCCCCUUUAGGACACAGAGAUCGCUCUCAAAAAGCCACUAAGCAAAGCUGCAUCUAGUAGCUGCCAUGCAUCAUGCCUCACCCCCCCCCCCCAACCCCCCGCCCCAACACACACACACACACACGCACUCUACACACAUACUGUAUAUGGAUGAGGCUUUAGCUUAUUUGCUUUUCCUCCGAGUGUGCAUUUAAGGCCAUGUGUGUUUACCCAAAGGGGUCAGCGGGAAUCAAUGGAGGGAAAAAGUGUUUGUGGUAUUGAGAUUAGUCCCUUCAAGGGCGAAUACGUGUUUGUGAUUGUUUCAUGAGUUGGUGUCUGUCACCUGAAGGCUGUGGUGUUACAGGAGAAAGAAUUGUAUUUACAUUAUGUUCAACUCCAUUCACAUAAAAUGUUUUUUUUUUUUUUUUUAUCUUUUUUUAUUACAAAAUAUGUCUCUGAGAGUGUUAAAUGUAAAUUCAUGCUGCUGUUAUAACUGAAGAGUGAAUUCAAAUGUGAUCCAUAAAUCCAAUAGAUCCUUGCAAGUGCUGUCAACCUUCAAAACUAGCUGACUUGAACCUUUUUGUAUUUGAUUGCCCUUUACUGAGAGUCGUGUUCAUUUGUAGGGUAGGUGUGUGUGUGUGUGUGUGUGUGUGUGUGUGUGGUUGGUGGAGGAUGCUGUGUAAUAUGUGUGUGAGAGGAAGUGUAUUAUCAUUGUCUGCUCGUCACUGGAGCAUCCUUCCUGUAUUUGAACUGAAUGUAAAAAAAAAAAAAAAAAAAGUUUGACUUCACUGUGAGGAACAUGUAUUUAUUUCAUUCUGCAGUUCUUUUGCUGAAUGUAAAACAUGUAAAGUACAGUAAAUACUACUUCAUCUGUGCCAAUACUACUCUAAUAUUUUUCUAUGUUGCUGACUGUACUGUAUGUACUCCUUAGUAGCUUGUGUUCUAUGUAAAAAUAUAAAUACAAAUAUAUAAAUAUAUAUAUAUAUACAUAGCAUAGCAUUAUUAUAACAGAUAUGAUGUUACAAUAAACAUGUU